AUGGAGUCGCUCAAGAUCCACAACUCGCUACGCCCCGGCCCUCCGGUGCCUUUCACGCCCAUUGAGCCGGGAAAGAUAUCCUGGUACGCCUGCGGACCGACCGUCUAUGACAAGAGCCACCUGGGACACGCGCGCAACUAUGUCUCGACAGACAUCAUCCGCCGCAUCUUGAUGCACUACUUUGGCUUCAAAGUCAAGUUUGUCAUGAACAUGACUGACGUGGACGACAAGAUCAUCAUCAAGGCUAGAAGGCAGCGGCUGCUCGAGCUCGAGAAGAAAAAGAGGUAUUCGAAAGACGACCUGAGAGCACUGGCGCUCGCUGCUUUCACGUCAUACGCGGCAGCCAAUCUGCCACUGCUCGCCCAAGAGACAUCCAAAUUGGACGAAACCAACUACGCCGCCCUGUGCGACACCGCCUACCGCUCUGUGCUGGCCGGAGGCACGCUAUCCGGGGAGGGGAAGCCUGGCGAUGGAGAGGCCAAGAUCAAGAUGCACAUCAGCAACAUGGAUGCUGCCGCCGAGGCCGUAAAAAAGGACGCCGUCUUUCCCGGAGCCGACGAGAUUCUGCUUCCGUACCUCGACUCCCUCUACAAGGAGACAAUCGACACCCGCGACCAAUCCAUGUUCACCGACCUCACCAAGAGUAUGGAGGCCCUCUUCAUGCAAGACAUGGACAACCUGAACGUGCUGAGACCAGACUUCAUCACAAGAGUGACAGAGUACAUGCCUCAGAUUGUCAAGUUCGUGGAACAGAUUGUCGACAAGGGCUUCGCGUACGAGGCCGAGGGGUCAGUCUAUUUUGACAUUGCCGCCUUUGAAAAGGCCGGCAACACGUAUGCCCGGCUACGACCCGACAGCAGAAACGACAAGUCCCUGCAGGAGGAAGGCGAGGGCUCGCUAUCCAAGAACCUCGGCGGCAAGCGAGGUGCCGGCGACUUUGCCCUCUGGAAGCAGUCCAAGGCAGGUGAGCCCUUUUGGCCGAGUAAAUGGGGCAACGGCCGGCCGGGCUGGCACAUAGAGUGCUCCGUCAUGGCCUCGGACAUCCUCGGCUCCCGCAUGGACAUCCACUCGGGCGGCAUCGACCUCGCCUUCCCCCAUCACGACAACGAGCUGGCCCAGAGCGAGGCCUUUUUCUGCCAGCACGGCAAGGGGGAGCACACCUGGGUCAACUACUUUUUGCACAUGGGCCAUCUGUCGAUAUCCGGUUCCAAGAUGUCAAAGUCGCUCAAGAACUUCCAGACCAUCCAAGACGCUCUCUCGACCACGUACACGGCGAGAAGCAUGCGCAUCGUCUUCUUGAUGGGCAAGUGGAACGACGGCGUGGAGAUCUCGCCUGACAUGCGGGCCCAAGCGGACAACUGGGAGAGCACCAUCAGUAACUUUUUCACAAACACAAAGUCUUGGCUCGCCGAGGCUGGCGUCAGCGACGGCGUCAGGGCGCUGUCCAUCAGCCCAGACAAGCCAGCGACAGGCCUUUUAGCCGACCUCGAGCAGGCCAAGAAGGACAUGGAAGCCGCGCUGGUCAACUCUUUCGAUACUCCACGGGCGAUGCUUGUCAUGUUGAAGCUCGUAAACUCGACCAACGCAUAUCUGCGGGACAACAAGGAUGCUGACCUUGGCCAAGUCGAGGCAAUCGCCCGAUGGAUCACCAAGAUGGUCGGCAUAUUUGGCUUGGACGCCAACGCCGAGGCUCCAUACGAGGGCCUCGGGUGGGCCUCUGCUAUCUCGGCCGACGUCGAUCCCGAGACGGCGGUGCAGCCCUAUGCCUCGGUGCUCGACCGGGUCAAGGCAGACGUGUCGAAGCUGGAGAUUCCGAGCGACAAGAUACCCACUCUCCUCGCCCAGGACCCCAGCAAGGAGUUCCAAUCCAUUGCAGCCAGCGGAUCGCGCGACAUAGAGAAGCUCGCGCUUCCGUACCUGCGUGUCGUGUCGCAAAUCCGCGACGAGCUCCGUCGGGUCGUCUCGGCGCAAUCGCCGCAGACCAAGAAGGAGAUCCUGGCCAUCACAGACCGCAUCCGCGACCACGACCUCACCAACCUGGGCGUGUACCUGGACGACCGGCCGGACAACCAGCCGUCGCUCGUCAAGUUCAUCCCGGCGGCGGAGCAGAUUGCGACGCGCGAGGAAAAGGCGGCGCGUGAGGCGGAAAAGGGCAGGAAGAAGGAGGAGGCGAGGGUGGCGCGGGAAAAGGCGGAGCACGAGGCGAGGGAAAAGGCAAAGGUGCGGCCCGAGGACGUGUUUCGGGGGGACGAGCGCUACAGCGCGUGGGACGAGCAGGGGCUGCCGACCAAGAUGAAGGACGGCAGCGAGGUGCCCAAGAGCCAGUUGAAGUCGCUCAAGAAGCUGUGGGAGAAGCAGAAGAAGGCGCACGAAGACCUCAAGGCCAAGAGUGGGCUGUAG